AUGUUCGCCUUCAGACCAAGCUCAAUAUCCUGCAGUGGAUUAUUAUGGAAAUCACCAUGGCGACUUUCAUCAACGAGAAAGGCGAACCUGCGAAAGAGGCUUAAGGCGGUCGAUAGGGUCAUUGCGGCGGUGGCAGAGUCCGGAGUGCAGACGAGGAGUCUGGUCAAGGCGUUGGCGUUACCAACGGAGAGCGACAUGGAGGCGAGAGAUAAGUACACGACGUUCGACCCGCACGGCAGAAAUUUCAGGAAGUCAGUACAUAAGGUACCGAAGUGGACGAAGUUAACGCUGCGCGAGAAUCCCAAGGGCUUCUAG